GAGCAGCAGCCGCAGGGCACAGAGAAGCUGUGCAGAGCUCACCUCUCCUGCCUGGAGCUCCAUUGCCUCCAGCCCAUCCUCUGCCAGACUUAGCAGCAAAAUGCAGCAGCUGCAGCUUCUCUGCUUCAGUCUCCUGUUGCUGGGACAUACCCUGGAUGUGCACAGCAGCAACAAUGUCCUCGACUGCUGCCUGAGGACGAGCGAGGCACCCAUCCCGUGGUGGAUCGUGCAGGAUUACCGGCUCCAGCUGGUGCAGGAUGGCUGUGACAUCCCUGCUGCCGUAUUCAUCACCACAAAAGGCAAGCGCCUCUGUGCCCCCCUCCAUUCCCCAUGGGUGAUUCGUCUCCAAGAGAGGCUGGAUGCCAGCCCUGCCAAGAGGGGCAAACCACAGGGCAAGUAGGUCCUGAAGAGGCCAUGGCUGGUCCCAGCUGCUGGAGGGGACCAUCUCCCAGCUGUGAAUCUGAUGCUAAUGGAGCCAACCUGCUUCCACCUCCAACCUCAGGGCUGACCCUCCCUGAGACUCAUGCCAGUGUGUGGGACUGGGCAGAGCCCUGUCUACUCUGUCCUUUUCCCUCUGCCUCCAGUGUGACCCAGCAGCCUGUGUCAGACUGAGCCAGGAGCUGCUGGACUCUACCUUUGCAGCCUGGAAGCUGUUUGAUGGAUUGAUCUGUGAGGUGAGCUGGGGACUCUCAGACUUCCCAUCAACACAGCAGUUGUGACCUCCAGCUGUAGUCUGUUUCCUUUGGUUUCCAUUGUCAGCCCCAGCCUAGAGUCCUUCUGCAUCCCUGGGAAGCGCUGCCAGCAUAGAACAGUGUGUGGCUGGAGGGGAGUGAUGGAGAUGUUCCACAAUGGCCGUACAUUGUACUCAUCCUUGCCAAGCACAACCCAGAUGCCCUCAGAAAAUGUGUAGCUGAUGUGGCUCCUCUCUCACUCCUGAAUUCCCUGCACUGUUUUCCUCCUGCCCUUCCUUGCAAGGGUAGAAAUAGAGCCACUAAUGGGGAGCAGGCAGAGAUGUGGCUCUUAGCCCCUGUUCUCCUCAGGGACAUUGCACCCUUUCUCAGACCCUCAGCCUGACACCACUAACCAGCCCUGCCCCAUGCCCACGCCUGGAGGUCAUGCUGCUCUCAGGUUAUUUGCUGCUAGAUCUGUUCAUUGCAACAAUUCCAUGUGUAUGCCUCUUCUUUACUCUCUCUCUUUUUUUUAUUGUGCUGUGAUUUUGUUAAAUAAAAAGAAAAGCCAGCA